CUCGCUGGCUUCUGCCCCAAAUCCCCUUCCCUAUGCUUUUGGUCGAACUGGAAGCCGCCGUUCUCCUCUCGUCAAGAGGCGUCGCCCUCUACCCCGCCUCUCCUCUCUCGGCGCUCGACUGGUGCGGCGUGGAGAUCCUUCCGGGCUUGGGAUUGGUUGCUUCUGUCGCCGCUGGUUGAUUGGGUGCGCAGGAGUGGGGAAUUGGUGACCAACAGUCACCAUGUCCGUGGCGGCCGGUGUAAGCGAUGCGGCCAUCGCGGUGCGGGACAAGCUCCGCGGCAAGAUUGGCCAGACCAAGGUCAAGCGGUACUGGCCAGGAAAGGCGCCUGAGUGGGCUGAUGAUGCUGAGGAGGAAAUAGACCUCCGCACAGCACGCGUCUCCCUUGACAAGGCAUUCCCAAAGGAUGAGGAUGGUGAUAUCCCUGCAAAGGACGAUCGUCGGCUCCGGCGUCUUGCAGAAACCCGUGAGAACAAGGAGGAGCUGAGGGCAGACCAUCGCCGUAUACGGCAGGCCGAGAUUGUGUCAACUGUUGAGGAGCAGAAUGAGAGGCAGGAAGCUGAUAUCGACGAGGAGGAUGAGGAGGCCCAGGAGGAGAGGAGGAGGAGGAUAAGGGAGAAGCAGCUCUUAAGGGAGCAGGAGGAGGAGGAGCUACUUCCUCAGGAAGAUGAGGAACCUGUAGAGGAUGAGGAGUCAGAGGAAUCUGAGUAUGAGACGGAUUCCGAGGACGAGCAGAUGGGCAUGGCUAUGGUGAAACCUGUCUUCAUACCAAAGUCACAGAGGGACACCAUUGCAGAGCGUGAACGGCUGGAGGAGGAGGAGCGGCAGCUUGAGGAGCUGGUCAAGAAGAGGCUGGAGGCUAGGAAGAUUGAGACUAGGCAGAUUGUGGUUGAAGAGAUUAAAAAGGAGGUGCACAUUGAAAAGGCACUGAAUGAAGAGGCCAACAUUGAGGAUGUUGAUACAGAUGAUGAGUUGAAUGAAGCAGAGGAGUAUGAGUCAUGGAAGAAUAGAGAAAUAGCAAGAAUUAAGAGGGACAGGGAAGAAAGAGAUGCAAGGUUGAAGGAGAAGGAGGAGAUUGAGAAGGUCAGGAAUAUGACUGAGGAGGAGCGUCGGGAAUGGGAGAGGAAGAAUCCGAAGCAGCUUCGGCAGACCAAACAGAAGUGGAAGUUUAUGCAAAAGUAUUACCACAAAGGUGCCUUCUUCCAGGAAAGUGCUGAUGAUCUUAUUCAGUCAGCUGGUAAAGAAGAUAUCUACAGCCGUGAUUUCUCUGAACCUACUGGGGAAGAUAAGAUGGAUAAGAGCAUCCUUCCCAAGGUCAUGCAAGUUAAACACUUUGGGCGCAGUGGAAGAACGAAGUGGACACAUCUUGUUAACGAGGAUACUACAGAUUGGAAUGCACCAUGGGCUACAAAUGGGCCUCUCCGAGCAAAAUAUAACGCAAAAAUGGCAGGCAUGAAUGCACCUAUUGCUAAACCAAAGGGAAGUAAGAAGCUGAAGGACUGGGAUGAAAAAUGAGAUACUAGCUUGAUCUGUUUGUGUUUCAGUGGGCUUGUGCUUCUAGGUGGAUCCUGAAUGCAAUGGGAUGGGCGAGCGGUCUAGUUGAAGCCGAACAAGGGAACAACGACUGCUUCCUUGAUCUGAGGCUGCAAGUUGCUCCUUUCUGUGCCUGAGCCGGACUGCGGGAGCAGACCGGUGAGCCAAACAAUGCCACUGUCAACCCCAUUAGGUCCAUGGUAUAGAAUACUUCUGGAUCUAUACAGGUUCUUUGUAAUGGAAAUAUGUGCCAUUUUUUUUUAUAAACUCAGUAUUGCCCAGCAGCCGUGCCCUUUGUAUCUUUGCUGGGAAUAACAGUGAUGAUGAAAGCAACGCCUUUAGUAUUCCUUCUUUGGUGUCUAUCACUACUCACCGGCACCGGUGGAUAAUACUCUGCAUUUUCAUGUGGUCGUUCGAAUGAAAGGCGUUUUUAUUUU